AUGGACGGCGUUAGUCUGCAGUCGCUGCCAUACGAUCUGCUGCUCAAUGUUGCUCAACAUCUCGAGCUAAGGGAUAUUCAUGCUCUGCAGUCCUGCUGUAGGUCAUUAAAAGAUUUUGUGGCAACGCGUCCAGUCUUCCGCAGUCUGGCACAUGGACUACUGCGCCGGUGCCGUGCACUCCCAUUGCUGGGCUUCCAACGGAUAAGCGAUCUUUCGACAGAACAGCUGGUGUCUGCGGUGAUUAAGGCGGAUCGGCUGGAACGUGCGUGGAUAACCAGGACGCCGAGACCCGCACCGUGCACCCCAUAUGACGACCCGAAGGUGUCCGUGGACGACUCGCACUCGAGAUGCUGGUAUAAAGUUGUGAGCGCGCCACCGGGUGAAGAAGUUGAUUGGCUAUCACCUAUCACGUCAAGCUACACUCUGUGCGCGACUAAAAGUGGGAAGGUCAUCUGCUGGGAUGUCCAGCGGGACUGUGUCCUCGCCGAAUGGGAUCCUAGUCAACGGUGGGAGCUAUGGAAGUGUAGGGUGGAGUUCGAGGAAAAGACAGUGUUCUUUGCAAUGGCGAAGGUCGUGGAAGGCCAAGCCGAAGAAAGGGUAAUGGAAUUCAUGCUCAUGAAACUCCAGUUUCCAUCCAUCGGUGAUGGGGAAUCGGAGGCGAAUACUCCCACAUUCUCCGAAGUAACGAGGUUCAGAACCAUUGGCAUUGUUAUGAAUGUCUUCCUCUUGGAUCCGUCUUCUAGGCUGCUAGCGGCCUUUGUCUGGGUUCCGGCCUCUAAUUCCAUCGGCCUGUACAGUCUGCUCGACUGGGGUGAACCCCGGUAUGUCUUCAUUGAUACUGGAAUCGAAUGUUCAUUCUCUUCAAAUUGGUCGUGCAUAUUCUACAAUGAGAGUAUAGUCAUCCAUGCCGAAGAGAGCGAGUCUGCUUUCCAGCACUUUUAUCCAGUGUCACUGCUACAACAGCAUUCUCAACCAUUGACUCGCUCUAACUCCUUUGUUCCUUGUCUUAGCGGUCGCGUGCUGCCGGUAUACACCAUCAGCCAGCCCUUCAUCUUCCCUCGCCGGAACGACAGUCAUCAAGAAAACGGUGACGCCACCACUGAUCUACUCAACCCAUAUCCCUUUCCUCCAUGGUAUCCGGAAAGUGCACACUUUGUACGGCAAUGGUGGCCGACGCUUCCGGACAUACCGAGACUGAGCUGUACCGUGGUCCUUCUGGCAUCGCACGACCCCGAGACCCACGAAGAUUCCUACAUAUUAACUCAGCAUUACUUCAAAGUGCCUCUGGAUGACCACUCUAAAGAGUCGAUUGACGAAGCUGGCUGCUCUUCAUCCGGGGCAUGUCCCAAAUCGCGAAGACUACAAGGCGAAGGAUUUUCGGAUGCAUGCGAAGAGGACAUGAUGCGCAUGUGGUACGUCAGCAAGCCCUUCGAGGUGGUGGGCGUUCCGGAGGCGAUGGAGGAAGACGAGGACGGCUUUCCCGGCGGCAGACGACGACCGCUUGUCGCCGUGGACUUUGGGCAUGCUGCUUGGAUCGAAUACGUUCCGGACGAGGAGGGGGCGGCAGGCGAACCGCGCGCUACAAAGAGGUUGAGAUUUGUUUCUUUUCCCCCGAUCUCCGACGGGGGAACUCGGCUAAAGACUAGCCAGGGAAAAGGGAAGGGUAGGAAUGAUGAGGUGGAAGGACAGGUCCGGACGCUGGAAAUACCGGAAGGGCUGAAUUUGGACAGCGUCGAGACCAUCAAUAUAGACCAGAGCCACGGGUCUAUUAUCCUUUCGGUCAGCGAGGGGAAGAUUUUUAUUGUAUUUUAUGAGUAGUGCGUACGUAUAUAUGGUGUCG